GAUAUCUCGUGUGAACAUUUUUAAUUGUUUCGUCUGAAAUCAUGAUUUAGUUAGUUUUUUUUUAAUAUUUCAGAUUUAUUUAAUUGUGGUGUUUUCCACUGCAGGUUUUGGACACACCUAUUUGUAAUUGUAAUUAAAAAAUUGACUCCACUUUUGAAGAAAAUUAACAUGUAUUACUUGCUAUGAAAUUCAUUUUAAAAAUAUCAAGAGUGUGAAUUGUGACAAAACAAUAAGAUUCAUUGAGCUUUUUUUAAAAAAAAUGAGUAACACAAAUUUGCAUCAAAUAAUCAAAUGUAUCAAGGAUGUAACUUUUAUUUUUAAUAAUAAUGAGCGUGAUUGCUGAUAUCUUUACGGAAACAUAAAGACAAACAUAUAAAAAUCAAACAUGGAUGCUAAGUAUACAAUAGCAGUAUAUUUGUCAGCAAGUACUUGUGUCCUGUCGAUACUUGGAUCUUUUGCAAUCUUUGGAUCAUAUAUAUUCAUACCGGAUAUACGCAACUCAACUAGGAAACUCUUCACGUGCCUCACUGUUGCUGACUUUUUGACAGCAUUAGGAUACCUUUUAUCUGCUUUGGCACAUUUUGCUGGCACACAAGACAUAGUAUGCACUCCACAAAGCGUCAUGACAACAUAUUCUAGUAUUGUUUCCUUUUAUUUAACGAUCGCCAUAGCAAUCCACAUAUUUGCUACUGUGGUAUACAGAACAGACACAACUUCUUCUUGGAAGUUUCUGCUUUGGGCUAACAUUAUCAGCUGGCUUAUCCCUGGAAUAAUAACGGGUUUAGCUGGCGCAGAUCAUGUUCUUGAAAAAACCAAGACUGCAACAGGCUCUAGCAACACAACUGCAGGCACAGGACCGUGGUGCUGGUUAGAUCUUCAACACCAACGACAUAAACUAUGGAUAUUUCUGGCAGGAAAGGGGUGGGAAUUCCUGUGCUAUCUUAUUACGACGUCUGUAUACGUUCUUCUGAAAUUGUAUCGGUACCUGCGUCACAGACGACGAACGCUUAUAGAUAUACACGGAAGUCUAAGAGAAGAAGAUCAGAAUUAUCUUUAUAUUUGGUUUGUUCUGUACGUCCUACGGCUAUGGGGCUCUGUGCGCUCCAUGAUGUACCUUGCUGGUGUGGAUACAAUAUCGCCUGGUGAAGAGAUAUCUCAAAUAUUUAUGUAUAUGCAAGCAAUUGGCGAUCCGGGUCAAGCUUUUUGUAACUGUAUACUAUUUUGUUUCCUUGACCAAACAGUAAGAACGUACAUAUUUCGUCGUUGUUGUGACAUGCCAGAGGAUCGAACCUUGCAGGUAGGUCGGGACAGAUUAAUUGUAGACAGUCAUAACUACGAUGACAAUGAACCUGCGCAAGAAGAGAUAACACCUGACGGAGAAAACAGUGUUGAGCACUUUAGUGAACACUCUGGGAAGUAUAAAAGCUUUGGCACAAAUAAGCCAGAGAAUUUCACGCGAUGUGUUGAGAAUACAUCUGAUAGCAGUUCGAGAAACGUAUCUGUGCAGUCAAAUAGUUCGUCUGUAUAAUUGAAGGUUUAAUUAAUGUUGUGCGAAGGAAGUGCUCGUUACACUAUUUACCACUAGCAUUUCUGGUUAUACAUGUCCAGAAUUGUAUUGUACUUCAAAAGUCGUAUAAAGUUCUUGUUCAUAUUAUUCAAAUCGUGUAAGUAGAAUGUUCAAAUGCAAAGUGUAAACAGCACGAACAUGGUACUAGUAUAUGGAACUUUGGUAUUGUUUUAUUUUACACAUAAAACACUAAUUGCAACACUGAAAUACUGACAAUUUGGCAUCAAUGCCGAAGCAAACUGUGAUAAGUGAGCCGCACCAUGAGAAAACCAACAUAGUGCAUUUGCGACCAGCGUGGAUCCAGACCAGCCAGUCUGGUCAGGAUCCAAGCUGUUCGCUUUAAAACCCUAUUGCAAUUAGAGAAACCGUUAGCAAACAGUAUAGAUUCUGACCAGACUGCGCGGAUGCGCUGGCUGGUCUGGAUUCAUGCUGGUCGCAAAUGCACUAUGUUGGUUUUCUCAUGGUGCAGCUCAUUAUUAUAUUUAACUUAUAAGGUUCCUGUCCACUCAAUUAUACAGCAUUUCAUGCAUUAUUUGCGCUUUUGCUAUUCUUUUGAAUUUUGAUUCAUGAUUUGUAACUAAUACACUAUAUCUGCAGAUAACGUCGAGUCUAGGAUAUCUCAGGACUGAUAGUUUUACGAUGUAUAUAUUCAAAAGGAAGAUAGUUUUAAAAAUUUAAGAGUGAGAAGAACACAGAAACAACAACUUCUAUUUUCAGUGUUUUUCUUCUCUUUCAUAAAUUAAUUGCUAAUAGAACACUGUAAAAGACUAAGUGUUUCUGGAGAAAAGAAGUGUUCUUUUUGCAAAUUGCAUAUUAAUAGUUUUGGCUAAAUAUGAAAUUGGACUUAUCUUAGAGUUUUCGUGUUACGUAAAUUACAUAUGAGCAAAGAAUAUAAGAUGAAAGAGACAACGGUGUGCAUAUAUCGAUUACUGUGAAACAUUUAAUGUUUUUGGAAAACAUUUCAUGGUUUUGGCCAAUAAAGCUAUUUCGUCGGCUUAAAUUCGCAAAUGUCAAAGUUAAAAGAAAACAUAUACGAUUUUUCUUUAUUCGUUGGGAUUCAAUGUCGUCGACUGACAUAACAACGAAGUCCACAAUCAUUUGUUCCCCACACUGUCAGUAAGCGUAUGAUAACGAUACAUCUCACACUUUGUUUAUUUUUUGUUUUGUGCAUUUCAGUUAACAUUUUUGUUCAUUUAUUUUAUCCUUCCUGGAUCUAACAUGUAUGUUUUAUCUUUUAAUAUGACGUUAAUAUAUAUUACACUAUAUUAGCUGAUUGUUUUAAGGUAUAUAAUAAUACCGACAUCAUAUCGUCACGUAUUCAAGGUGAAAAUAUCUAAUUGCUUUGUGAGCGUUCUAUAGUUCUUCGUAUUUUAAAUGUCGAUUAUAGUAUCAUACCUUUAUUGAUCGCGGCUUGGAGGCCGCGAUUAUAUGGAAUAGGUGAAGUAUAUGCGCGCUGGGGAAAAUAUUUCAUGAUAGACCUGUGAAUUCUUUACUUAUGGGUGAAACAGGUCUCAUAAGCGUAAAUACGACUAGCUUCUACUGAUUAUAAAACAUACCGUACGAUUUGUUGUGAAUUAACUGUUGUACUUUUUGUAGUUCAACCGCCACCCUUGUUUAAGAGCAACAUUUAAAAAACACGUUUUUUUUUCAUCCUGAAGUAAUAAGUAAGUAGACUAGUACUCGCCCAGUGUAAUCAAUAACCCACAAU